CCUCGUGGCAGUCACUGACUAGAGGAGACCGAGAAAGAAACUGACCCAAAGAGAGAGAAGAGAAUGCAUUGGUUUCUGCUAGUAGUAUACCUCACCCUCAUCGGUUUCGGGUUCCGUGACUAUGGAGCCACUGCCACCGAGGGGGAAACCCUGCCUGCUGCGGAGGUUGUUGGCUCUGUCUUCUGUGAUACUUGUCUCCAGCAUCAGUUCUCCAAGACCAGUCGCUUCAUUUCGGGCGCUGCGGUUUCGGUCAAAUGCCGAGACGGGAUAUUGAGCGAGACGAAGACAGAUGGGAGCGGACGGUUCCGAGCUCGACUUCCCUUCCUGGUGGGCGAGAACGCGGAGGAGAUGAGGAACUGCACGGUCCAAUUGAUGAGUAGCAGCAAGCGAGACUGCUCCGUGCCGUCAAUCGGAAGCUCUUCUUCUCUACACUUGAAGUCGAGGAGGGAAGGAGUUUAUGUGUUCGCAGCGGGGUUCCUCACUUUCAGGCCUGUUAAAUUGCCGAGGUUUUGCCGGAAGUUCGAGUCCAAGAGGAUCAAAAUCCCGGUUUCCGGAAGUACCGGUGGUCAAACAUCGACAAACCCGAAGCACAAGAGACUAGCUGAAUCCUCCUCAGCACCGUCUUCGCAUUCCAGUUUGGACCGGAAGGGAACAUCCAGCAACUACCCGGAUUUCUUCUUCCCGCCACUUCCAUUUCAACCACCUCCAUUGUUCCCACCAAUUCCGGGACUCACCCCUCCGCCGCUGAUUCCUUUGCCGCCGAUUCCAGGAUUAACCCCUCCGCCACCAUUAAUUCCCUUGCCACCAAUUCCCGGACUCACUCCGCCAUCACCACCCCCGCUCAUCCCGCUGCCACCCAUUCCAUUCCCGGGAUUGACUCCACCUGCACCACCUCCACUCAUUCCUCUGCCACCAAUUCCGGGUUUCACUCCGCCAUCUCCACCACCGACACCAUUCAUUCCUAUUCCUCUGCCACCGAUUCCAUUCCCAGGGUUGACUCCGCCCCCGCCACCACGUCCACCGCCACCAACUUUCCCAGUCCCUCUCCCUCCUCUCCCACCAUUGCUGCCCCCAUUCCCUGGGACACCCCCGGCUUCUCCUCCUCCUCCUUCUCUGGAGAAGAGCAGGAUUACUCCCUGAACAUAUUAUAUCUUACUCAGUAGUGUGACAGUCCUGUCACAUAUACAUUACCUCUCGGUUUUGUAGCAUGUCCUUUCGUGAAAUUGCAGGAUAUUGUACCAAUGAAUGAAUCCUCGUGCCUUAAAUUAAAAGUGCAAUUAUCAUGACA